GCCUCAUUGCCCCAAACAACCAUUUCAGUCUUCACUCUUCCGUUGUUGCCAACAAUGGGGUUCGUCGCACAAGCAGGUGCUCUGUUCUUGACAGCGGUGCUGCUGCAUAGCUUGAGCAUGGGCCAAGGGGAGGCGGGUCGCUCUUAUCAGACGAUCAGGCCUGGUAGCCGGCCCUGCGGUCAGUUCUGCCCCGCAGUCGUCGAGCCCGUUUCUUUGGGUGAUUCGCAACGGUCCAUGUCCCUGCAAAAGCCAUGUUCGUCUCCUCCAUCAUUGAAUAACUUCUUCGUCGAACAUUAAUAUAUACCUCCAUGAGAUAUAGCUGUGAAGAAGCCCUACUAUUUCAGGGAGUAUUAUAUAACUCGGUGCAUGACACUGACAUUGACAAUAAAAUAUUCUUAAAUAAAAUGU